AUGCAUCUGUACAGGAGUGCCGUGUACACGUACCUGCCGUACAGCCCGGAUGGCUCCCAGGUGGUCAAGAUCGCCUUUUGGACACCAGCUCGCGGGUUCAAACGUCUCUCUCCGGUCCCCUUCUUCACUGACAAAUUUUAUAAUUUCUACGGCGCAAAAGUUAAUGUGACUGCCAAGCCCUUCAUGCCCUACUGGGGAGAGGACGUGGAGCAGCAUCCUGGUGGCUCCAGGAAAACUGUGUACCUUGGUUCAGACUAUCAACUGUUAGCGGCUGUUGCCUCAGCUAUGAACUUCACUGUGUGGGUCAUGCCGACUCCAUCGUGGGCGGAGGUAACAAAGCUGGUUGAAGAACGCAUUUCUUUCAUCGCUCCCGUUAUUCACAUGGUGUUAACUGAGCGAUGGGAAAAGUAUGACUUCAGUUACAUCUACGAAACGUCGCAUGCGUCAUUUGCAGUGGCCAAACCUGGCCUGGAGCCCCGGUGGAAAAGCCUUUAUUAUCCCCUGGCUCUUGAAGUGUGGAUGACAUUGCCUGCCCCUCUCUUCUUGGUUCCCUUCCUCUUGAGUCUGCUCAUUCGUGCAAGUCAAGAUGGAAAUGGAAGUAGAAGAAAUGUGGGUGUCGGGGUGGUAUUCCAGGACAUGGUGGGAUCGUUCCUGGGUCAGGGCCUCCCUUAUUGGCUGUCCAGGUCCUCCUCCACUAGGGUUGUGGUGACAGCCUGGGUUAUAUUUGCCUUCAUCAUCGCGACCGUCUAUCGCAGUAACCUGACUGCCGCUCUCACCCUUCCCAAGUAUCCUUCUCGCCCAGAGACACUUCAGGAAAUCGUUGAUACCGUUGACAUGGUAACCUUGCCCGCUUAUGGAGAACAACAUCGAAAAUUUUAUAGUGAGUCUAAGUCUCCACUGUUCCAAGCACUGGGCAGACUGAUGAAUCCUGGACCAUCACUGAUGGAGGGACUUAGGAAGGCAUUGGUGGAAAAAAGCUGCCAUACAGAGGCAAGGAAAUAUCUACAAUACGAAAUUCUGGAUAAGUUCACGGAAGGGGACGGCAGCACUCGUCUGUAUGUCAGCAGUGGAUCCAUCUUUCCAUCGCCCAGCGCCUGGCCAAUCCCGCACGACGCGCCCUACAAGGCUCAUUUGGACAGAUGGAUCGUAGCUACCUUGGAGGCUGGUCUCUAUGAGAAGUGGAUAGCGGACUUACUGAGAGAGACGAAACUGAAGAGUCAGAGGAGACAGCGGCAGCGCCUAGCCUCCGAUCGGUCGGAGCAAGAAACAGGGGUGGAAAAGUUGUCAGAGGGUCCUCCGAUCCUCACCCUCAGUCACACUCAAGGUGGCUUCAUCCUCCUCAUGCUGGGCCUGAUCCUCGCCACUUUCGCCUUCGUCCAAGAACUCUGCUGCCUGAAACCACUGGGUAACCACACUAAGUGAUGUAACCUUCUGGUUCUUUAUCCGAAAUAAUUAUUUCAAGGGCAAGAAAACAAGCCUGUUUUCAUUUUAUAAAUAUAUAAAAAAAUCUGUAGUAUCCAAAGCUUUCUAACUUACAAAUCCUUAUUAGGCAGUAUAUUUUAUUGUUUCGUAGCUUUACAAAUGCAAAAACAUCUAGAUUUUGCGAGAAGAAAAAGAAACAAAAAUCUUGCAAUCAAAAACAUAAACCCAUAAGUUGAAAGCUUAAAGUCUAGAUCAACUGACGAAACUCACGGAGCAACAACUUUGAAAGUUACGUCUAUAUCCGUCUAACUCUUGCGUCGUACAGCGUGAUUAUACAAGUCAAACUCAAGGGCUUAUGUAGUAACAAUUGACAAUAUAAACAAAAAAAUGUAGUCAUUAAUUCGCCAUGAACAGUCACACAAAAUAUUUAUGAUUUAUUAUCAAUAUAUUGAGCACUGCCACUCUAAAGGAAUAAUGGCUGAAUAUUCAGUUUUCAAUAUUCAGUUUUCGUGAGAAAGAAGAAGAAGAAGAAGAAGAAGAAGAAGAAGAAGAAGAAGAAGAAGAAGAAGAAGAAGAAGAAGACGAAGAAGAAGAAGAAGAAUUAGAAGAAGAAGAGGAAGACGAAGACGAAGACGAAGACGAAGAAGAAGAAGAAGAAGAAGAAGAAGAAGAAGAAGAAGAGGAAGAAGAAGAAGAGGAAAGUAUGGUGUUUUUACACUCCUUUCAAAUAACAUCAAAAUUCUUACUAAACAAGUGAAUGUUUAACAAAAUUAAAACUUCUAAGUUCCCUCCGCUGAUCUAUCUGAACACGACGAGAGAGAGAGAGAGAGAGAGAGAGAGAGAGAGAGAGAGAGAGAGAGAGAGAGAGAGAGAGAGAGAGAGAGAGAGAGAGACGCUAAAUGUAAGACAACCCCAUAUAAACUCAACUAAAUCACAGUGGAUCACUCAGCAGCGAUGUUUAUUUUACGAGAGCAUGACAAAACUCUAUCGGGAUAAAACUCAUUUCAUAGUCGUAUAAUAGCGCAGGUUAGUCUCAUAACAGUUUAUUACGAAAAAAAUAACUUUCAAAAACAAUAAAUAUGCCAAGUAUUUCGUUAACAAGUCAAGCCGCAUGACUUCAUGGACUGAAAAGCAAGAUUACCAAUGAAAUUUUAAAGCCAGCACUGAUGUAUUAUUGUUUCGGCUGAUUCGCGGCUCUUAUCGCAGCUGCCGUCAUGCAUUACUGUAUGGACAUAGUUGUAAACAUAACCAGGACAUAGACUAGACUAAGACGAGAAAAUAGACCUUUUCUUCCUGCUGGACAUGAAUUAAGUAAGGGUACAUCUUUAAGUAUGAAUACCUCAGUGGCAAAAUUUUGAGCACAGUUACUCGGAAAAAUGGUGUCAAUGCAUUGCUGUAAUUAUUAAUGUUAUCGUUAGGGGAAUGCGUGUUUUCCAUUCCCUUAUAUAAGUAUGUUAUAUAUUACGACAUUUUGAGUCACGCUGGAGCAGAUGAUUACCAAGAUAUUAAACAAUAGUAAAGUAAUUUGUUGAAUGUUACUG